CCAUGGGUGUAUAGUCUCCACAAUCAAACUGUUUCUUCCAGAUGGAAUGGAAGCUCGAUUGCGAUCAGAUGUUAUCCAUGCUCCAUUACCAAGUCCCGUUGACAAGGUUGCUGCUAACACUCCCAGUAUGUAUUCUCAGGAAUUGUUUCAGCUUUCACAGUAUCUUCAGGAAGCCUUACAUCGGGAACAAAUGUUAGAACAGAAGCUGGCAACCCUUCAACGACUACUUGCUGUCACGCAAGAGGCUUCAGAUACUAGUUGGCAGGCUUUAAUAGACGAAGACAGGCUGCUAUCAAGAUUAGAGGUUAUGGGAAAUCAAUUACAGGCAUGUUCAAAGAAUCAAACAGAAGACAGUAUACGAAAAGAGCUUAUAGCAUUACAAGAAGACAAACACAACUAUGAGACAACAGCCAAAGAGUCCCUGAGGCGGGUCCUUCAGGAGAAGAUUGAAGUGGUCAGAAAACUGUCUGAAGUGGAGCGGAGUUUAAGUAAUACAGAAGAUGAAUGUACUCACCUGAAAGAAAUGAAUGAACGGACUCAGGAAGAAUUAAGAGAAUUAGCUAAUAAGUACAAUGGAGCUGUAAAUGAAAUUAAAGAUCUUUCUGACAAGCUAAAGGUAGCAGAGGGAAGACAAGAAGAAAUCCAACAGAAAGGACUGGCUGAGAAAAAAGAAUUGCAGCAUAAAAUAGAUGAAAUGGAAGAGAGAGAGCAAGAGCUUCAAGCAAAAAUAGAAGCUCUGCAGGCUGAUAAUGACUUCACCAAUGAGCGGCUAACUGCUUUACAAGUACGGUUAGAACAUCUUCAAGAGAAAACUCUUAAAGAACACAACAGCUUAGGCAUACAAGUUGAUGACUUCAUACCUAAAAUUAAUGGGAGCACAGAGAAAGAGCACUUUCUUUCAAAGAGUGGAGGGGACUGCACUUUUAUUCAUCAGUUCAUAAAAAGUCAGAACAAGAUCAUAGAUGAAGGACAUCUAACCAAAGUGGAAGAAACAAAGCUUUUGAAAGAGAAUCAAGCAAGAGUCAAAGAAUCUGAUUUGUCAGACACUCUUAGUCCAAGCAAGGAAAAAAGCAGUGACGACACUACAGAUGCCCAAAUGGAUGACCAAGAUCUAAAUGAACCUAUUGCAAAAGUAGCUCUUCUAAAAGAUGAAUUGCAGGGUGCACAAUCUGAGACUGAGACUAAGCAAGAAAUUCAGCAGCUGCACAAGGAGCUGAUUGAAGCCCAAGAGCUAGCUAGGACAAGUAAACAAAAAUGCUUUGAACUUCAAGCACUGUUGGAAGAAGAGAGAAAAGCAUACCGAGCGCAAGUUGAAGAAUCUAACAAGCAAAUAAAUGUUCUGCAAGCUCAGUUGCGAAGGUUACAAGAAGAUACUGAGAAUCUUCGUGAGGAAAAGGAGAAUGAAAUUUCAAGCACUCGAAAUGAACUAGUCAGUGCUCAAAAUGAGAUUCUGUCACUUCAGCAAGUGGCAGAAAAGGCAGCAUCAGAACGAGAUACGGAUAUUUCUGCACUGCAAGAUGAGCUGCAAACAGUGCGAGCAGAACUUGAGCGGUGGCGGAAGGAUGCCUCAGAUUAUGAAAAAGAGAUUGUCAAUCUGCAAGCCAGUUUUCAGCUCAGAUGUCAGCAGUGUGAGGAUCAGCAGAAGGAAGAGGCUACUCGCUUAAAAGGUGAACUUGAAAAGUUGAAGGCAGAGUGGAGUGCCCUGGAAGCUGAAUGUGUUACACUAAGGAAGGAAAAUACUUUACUUACAUCUGAACUUCAACGACAAGAGAAGGAGCUUUCUAGCUCUCAGAAACAGAGUUUAGCGCUAACCAGCGAUAUAAGUGUUCUUGAAAUGUCUCGAAAGGAACUUGAAAAUCAGAUGGGAUCUUUGAGAGAAAAACAUCAACGGGAUGCAGCUAGUCUAAAAAGCCAACUCAGUGAGGCUGAGAGUCAAGCAAAAGAUGUUCAAAAAGAGUAUGAAAGAACACAGACUGUGCUCUCAGAGCUGAAGGCGAAGUAUGAGAUGGCUGAACAAGAAAAUCAGUCACUCACAGAAGAGCUCAAACAAUGUAAAGAAAACCUGAAGCUGCUACAAGAAAAAGGAAAUAACCCUUCCAUAUUACAACCCGUCCCAGCCGUAUUCAUCGGCCUAAUCCUGGCUUUCCUGUAUUGGUGUUACGGCCCAUUGUGGUAGCGAAAGAGACAAUGGCCUUGGAUGCCUGUGAUGGCAGCUUUGGUUGCUGUAACAGCCGUGGUGCUGUACCCAGGCCUAACCAGAGCUUCUCCAUGAGAACUGUUGUUGAAUCCAUACACCGUCCUCCCUUUAGAAGCUGGCAACAUUCAUAUACUGAGGGAAAACAGAUUAAUUCUCUUCCUUUUUACCUCUUAAUACAGCACAGCUCUGCGUGAGAACAGCAGUAGGGUCAUUUGCUUUAAACUGUAUAAAAUGUAUCUGUCUAUAAAGAGGGAAUAAAAU